AUGGCCGGACUUCUCGAAGCAUGGAAGCUACAGCCCCAAGACCGCCUAGCGAUAUUCGACAAGGAGAUCGCCCCCCAUGAGCUCCAGCCCUACCUGCAUCUCCACCACCAAGAUGACGGCAAGAGGCCAGUGGCCGUGCUGAUUGUCGGCCAGACGGGCGCCGGGAAGACGCGCCUGGCUCCCGACCUGACCAAGGCCAUGGUCGACGGGAGCCGCACCCUCGCCCACUUCAUCGCCGACACGUACAAGACGUACCACCCUCACUACGCUGAGUGCCUGGAAAAGGCGCCCGAAAAGGCUUCCGUCCUGGCCGGCCUCGACGCCCGCAUCUGGCUCACCAUGGCCUGCGAAUACGCCGCCGACCAGCGCCUCGACGUCCUGGUCGAGUCGGCCUGCCGCCACCCCGACGACUUCUGCGACCUAGCCGAGCUGUUCCACAAGCGCGGCUAUAACGUGCGCGUCGCCAUCCUUGCCGUGCCCGAGGCGCUCAGCCGCCUCGGCAUUCUGGUCCGCUACUACCGCAACCUGCCCGAGGCCCAGUCUCGCAACCUCCCCCUCCGUCUAACCCCUAAGAAGGUCCACGACGACAGCUACGCCGGGCUGGCCCUUGCUGCCAGCUUCAUUGACCAGAACCCGGCAGCCGAUGCCGUCAUUGUUGUGCGCAGAAAUAACAUGCUGGCCUACAAAAACGAGCGCGCGGCGACAACUGCAAGCGGCGGCACCCGAGCUUGGCAAGCCGACGCCGGCGCGUCUAGGAGUCUGGAAAUCGAGAGGACACGCCCCCUGUCGCUUGAAGAAAGACGCACGGCCGAGAGUGACGUCGAAGAGCUCAAGAAACUGCACGAUCCCAAGGUGGACGCCCAGAUUCGGGAAAUCGAGGGCUAUCUAGCGAGUCUCGCAGCUGGUAGUGAUUCCGGACAGCCGCUGCUGCCCCCUCUCGAGCCUUUGGAUGCU